AUGCUAUACAGUCUUAUUUUACAAUUAUUAGACGAGAGGACGGAGCAGAUGAGGAAGAAGGGGGAGUGUAAUGGGCCUUUCAGUGUAGCAUUAGCAAGGAAUUUGACUGGACUGGAGAUCUUUGGAUAUGCUAAAACACAUGAGCAAUCGUUCAGUCGAAUAAAAGAAGAUAAUCUUCGUCGAUCGGUGGACAGAAUGUUGAAGACUAUUAUGGAUGAUGAGGAAGAAGAGAUGAAAAAUAUGGGAGUUGAUCCUAUUAGUUUAGCAGAGCAAGAAGAGGAUGAUAAUGGAGAGAAGCUAAUGGAGGUAAAAGAUACGAAUCAGGCAAACAAAAGCAUUACUGACAUGUGGAAGGGUACAGAUACUGAGAACGUGUCCACUGAUGGAGAGAGGGAUACGGAGGCUGAGGGUGCUGGUGCCACUAGUCUUGAAGGUAGUAUCUUAGAUAAGAAGCGUGCCAGAAAGAAAGUAUCAUUGAGCUCGGGACGAUCGAAAAGAUUCAAAGCCGCCAAGGACAGAUCUCCUCCAGAUCUGAAGUUGAGCUCACUCGGAGGUCUUGACAACGUGGUAUCAGAGCUUAUGGAGACUGUUGGCAUGCCUAUAUUACACCCGGAGAUCUAUGUGGCCACAGGCAUCCAACCUCCACGGGGAGUGCUUCUUCAUGGACCUCCUGGUUGUGGUAAAACUACGAUAGCAAAUGCUUUAGCCGGAGAACUUCAAGUUCCGUUCAUCAGUCUAAGUGCCCCGUCCGUUGUUAGCGGUAUGUCAGGGGAGAGUGAGAAGAAAGUGAGAGAGAUAUUUGAGGAGGCUAAGCGAUUGGCCCCUUGUUUGGUUUUCUUUGAUGAGAUUGACGCCAUUACUCCUAAAAGAGACGGUGGUGCGCAGAGAGAGAUGGAGAAGAGAAUAGUUGCCCAACUACUCACAUGUAUGGACAAUCUAUCACUUGAAAAUACAGGUGGUAAGCCUGUCAUAGUGAUUGGUGCCACCAACAGACCGGAUUCUUUGGAUUCGGCACUUAGAAGAGCUGGCAGAUUUGAUAGAGAGAUCUGUAUUAAUGUUCCUGAUGAGGUAGGCAGAUACAAGAUUUUGGAGAGUAUGACGAGAAAGUUGAAGAGCAGCGGUGAUUUAGGGCUCGAUGAUAUUGCCAAGAUGACCCCUGGGUUUGUUGGGGCCGACCUAAAAUCUUUGGUGACAGCUGCUGGUAUUGCCGCCAUUAAAAGAAUUUUUGGAGCUCUGGCUGAGCAGAAGAAGCUAAAUGACGCGAUAGAAGGGGAUAUGGAAGUUGAUAUAGAAGAACGUGAGAAUUUUGAAGUGAUAGAAUUUGGAAAUGCUGGAACUACUGGUGGCACCGUAAUUCAGAAUUUCUUGAUCAAUCAUCCAGAUACUCUUACGCCGGAGCAACUUGAACCUCUAAGCAUUAGCAAGGCCGAUUUUGUCAGUGCAUUACCGACGAUUCAGCCUACCGCCAAAAGAGAAGGCUUUGCCACAAUUCCAGAUGUUACAUGGGACCAUGUGGGUGCAUUGGCAGAGGUUCGUGUUGAAUUACAUAUGGCUAUUGUUCAGCCUAUCAAACGUCCAGAUAUAUACCUUAAGGUUGGUAUUACUGCGCCAGGAGGUGUGUUGAUGUGGGGUCCGCCUGGUUGUGGUAAGACCUUGUUAGCAAAAGCUGUUGCUAAUGAGUCCAAGGCCAAUUUCAUCUCUGUCAAAGGACCAGAGUUGCUUAAUAAGUUUGUGGGUGAGUCGGAAAGGGCUGUGAGGAAAGUUUUUGCACGGGCUCGUGCUUCUGUUCCGUGUAUUAUCUUCUUUGAUGAGUUGGAUGCACUAGUUCCGAGAAGAGAUGCUGCUCUAAGUGAAGCCAGUAGUAGAGUGGUGAAUACAUUACUAACGGAAUUGGAUGGAUUAAAUGACCGAAGGGGUAUAUUUGUAAUUGGCGCUACAAAUAGGCCGGAUAUGAUAGAUCCAGCCAUGCUCCGACCAGGAAGAUUGGAUAAGACCCUGUAUGUGAAACUCCCAACUGCCCCAGAAAGAUUGGAGAUCUUGAGAACACUGGUCAGAUCAAAUCAUACGCCUAUUGACGAUACCGUUGAUUUGGCUACGAUUGCUUACGAUGAGAGAUGCGGGAACUUUUCGGGAGCAGAUUUAUCUUCGUUGGUGAAGGAGGCAAGUGUAAUAUCUUUGAAGCGUAUUUUUUUCAAAGGGAUUGAUGAGGGUAAUGAAACAGUUUCCGUUGAUCCUGGUGAUGACGACAUCGUAGUUACAACGAAGGACUUUGAAUCAGCACUGACGUCAAUUAAGCCUUCCGUUAGUGAUCGGGAUCGGAUAAGGUAUGACCAUCUUAAUAAGCGGUGGAGUAAAGCCUCGAUGAAGAAAGAAGAGCAGUGA